GGACCGCCGGCAACUAUCCUUCAAUCCUCCAUGAACUCCAAUAUCGCCAUUUUAACACAGUCACAUAGAGCGGUCGCAGCGAAAAGACGCGAUAAACGAAAUCAGAUCAAGGAAAUCGUAUUCGAUGAUGAUGCUCGCAGAGAGUUUCUCACUGGAUUUCACAAGCGGAAGGUGGCAAAAAAAGAGGAGGCUAUAAAGAAGGCGAAGCUCAGGGAAAAGCAGGAAAGACUAGACACGCGACGUGAGCAUCGGCGCGCCUUAGCGGAGCGAGCUGCACAGAACGCUGCGGAGGUUGAGAAGGCAUAUGGUGCUAUCAUAGACGAUUCAGAUAACGAUGACGAGGGGCUCGGCUCCUCGGGGAAUGAAAGAGAUCGAGAGGUAAAUGGAGAGUAUGAAGGCGAAGAACAACUUGCUACGGUGACAGUGGUCGAAGAUUUUGAUCCCGCUGUCUUCUUACAUGGCCCACCCAUGACCGGCUCCGCACCCGCUGAUCGGUCGGACGCCCCUUCCUCCACGUCCGUGAAGCCAAAAGGGAAAGAGAGAGCUCAGAAUGAUCCUUUGAAGCCAACACGCAAGGCAAAGAGAAAUGAGAAGACAAAGAGUAUCAAAUAUCAGACGAAGGCCGCACGUUUGGUGGAACGCUCUAAGCAGCGAGCGCGACGCACAGAGAAGGCAGAACGGGCCGGAGGAAAAUCUUCAAGGAAGGGAAAACGCAGAUGAUUUCAGGUUAUUCCCUUGUCAAUCGUGUAUUUUUUCAUUCUGCGCAUCUCGUAGUAUAUUUCUUUCAUUUUCGACAGACUUCGCAUGCAAUGCUGAUGUGUCUGUUCAUACCUCGUGA